AUCUGGUUGAUAGAACAUUUACUAGCCUUUUCAUUAGGUACACCUGACCAUUUACCAUGUAACACAAAUCCUGAAUCAGCCCAUCACACGUCGGUGGCUCAGUGAGUUUAGGCACGCAAUUGUUGUGAAGCCGAAUGUUGAAGCCAAGUGGCUUUGAAGGCAGCGUAGUUGUUUGUGCCAGAUGGGCAGAAACUGCUUAUCUACAAGGAUUUUCGCACACAAACAUCUCUCAGGUUCACAGAACUCAAAGGAGAGACUAUAUCCACUGAGCAGAAGCUGUCUGGAUGAAAAUGUGUUGCUGAUGCCAGAGGAGAACAGUUCAAGAUGAUAGAAAGGGGACAGUAGCUUAAAUAGCCACUCAUUGCAAACAAUAUUUUACUAAUACCAUAUUUGAGUGUAUCACACUUGAAGCCCUUGGAUCACAAGACCAAACCAGAUGCCACUCCUGCCAGCUAACAUCAGCAAACCGAGGCCACAGAUUUCACCUGCUUACCAAACCUGAACAGUGGACAGGUUGGUAAAACAGAGGUUUGAUGAGCCUUGAUUUUGGCUGUGAGAUUUAGAUGUUGUUGUCAGAAUAUGGUGUAGCCAACGUAAACGAGGAUCCAUCUUGCCUUGUAUCACUGCUUCAGCCUUGUGGCGGCGGCAUAAAAGUAUGGGCAAUUGUUCUUGGCAAACAUUGGGCCCAUUAGUACCAGCUGAGUAUCGCUGAAAUGUCACAGCAGAUGUGUAGAAACCAAACUAGUUUCUUGAACAGAACAACUAGUUCACUGUACCCCAGCGGCCUUCAGAGUCACCAGGUCGCUAUUAAUUAGAGCAAAUUUUAGAUGUGGUAGAACAAGGAUCUCCCCAUCACGAAUGCGAAGCUGAGAAAUCUGCAGCAACUGCAUCAUGCUGUCAGGUCAACAUGGAUCAAAAUCUCAGAAGAAUGUCGCUGACACUUCGUUAAAUAGCACUGAGCAUUAUUAAAAACCUAACUUGGUAUCAACUUAGUUUUUUUUUUUUGAAGGAAGUUCAAACUCUACUGUUUUUCAUAUCAAAUGAGAAGUGCUGUCUAUCUAACGAUCCUUCUCAAACAGUCUUUUUCCAGAAAUUUCACUGCCUGUAAGCCGAAGUGUCCACCACAUCUCACACGAUGGAUAAGUUUCGUAUGAUGUUCCAGUUCCUCCAGUCCAACCAGGAGUCUUUCAUGAAUGGGAUUUGUGGCAUCAUGGCAUUGGCAAGUGCCCAGAUGUACUCCGCCUUUGAGUUCAGCUGCCCCUGCAUGCCAGAAUACAACUACACCUACGGCAUCGGGCUUCUUGUCAUCCCUCCCAUAUGGUUCUUUUUGCUGGGCUUUGUCUUGAACAAUAAUGUGUCGGUGCUCGCCGAGGAGUGGAAAAGACCCACGGGGAGCCGGACGAAGGAUCCGACAAUCCUGCGCUACAUGUUUUGUUCUAUCACCCAGAGAUCAUUGAUCGCCCCGGCGUUGUGGGUGUCGGUCACCCUCAUGGACGGAAAGAGCUUCCUCUGCGCCUUCAGCAUUAACUUGGAUAUCGAAAAAUUUGGGAAUUCCAGCUUUGUCAAAGGGAUGUCGGAGACGGAGAAGAUUCGACUGCUGGCCAGAAUCCCCUGCAAAGACCUGUUUGAGCAUCAGGAAAUAAGAGUGGCAGCAACACGGUACAUCAAGUGUAUAUCACAGGCGUGUGGGUGGAUUUUUCUCCUCAUGAUGACCUUCACCGCCUUCCUCAUCCGGGCCAUCAGACCGUGCUUCACCCAAGCCGCUUUCCUCAAAACCAAAUACUGGUCCCAUUACAUCGACAUCGAGCGCAAGAUGUUCGACGAGACCUGCAAGGAGCAUGCGAAGAGCUUCGCCAAAGUCUGCAUCCACCAGUACUUUGAGAACAUCAGCGGCGAGAUGCAGAGCCUCCACCGCCAUCGCUCCGGCCAGGACGACAGCGGCGACGAAGGUGAGGACAAGAGAAGCGACGAAGACAAGCUGCUGGGCAUCAGGGCCCAGGACGACAUGAACAAGGUCCUGUGGAACUGGCACACCUGUAAGCCGGCGCUGGCUCUGAGGAAGGACCAGAUGGACGGCGAAAACAGUAGCAAGCUGAACGGGAAGAUAAACGAGGGAUUUAACGGGUUCGCAAACGGACAUGCCCACGAGACCAAAAAAAGGGAAUGGGCCGUGUAUUACAGUAAGGUUUGAAGAAAACUGAGAUAAAACGCUUACGAAUGAGCUCUCACUGUGUUCCAGAGACGUAGCCUUUAGGAAAAAGACCUUACUCUGACAAAGUCUGCAGUCAUUGCCCAUCUCUUUAUAUUUUACUUCCAUUCUUCUCUUCUUUCAAAGUUCCAUUGGCCAAUGUUUCUUACAGGUUUCUGAAGGCUUUUCAGAGCUUUUCUAUCAACUUCAACUGUUUCUGCCAUCAUUUAAGUUCAGGAUCUGAUCUUUUCAGAGGAAUGUCUUCUGUUACUCUGCGUCAAUCUGACCUAUGAAUUAUGUAAGACAUCUAAAUUCAAUGAAUUAAUCCCUGUUCCAUGACAAAGAACAGAAAACUUAACAUGCAAUCAGUUGUAAAUUGGCUCUGACUCACUUAAAAUGUCAUUUUAGUAUUAGCAAAGGGAUCAACUCUUUGUUGAUCUCAGAAAAGCAUUCUGCCCUCUCAGAAAGCUUGCUUGUGUAAAUCUUGUAAAUUAUACACGGCUAAUAAAAGCCGUUUUUUAUCAAACUGAUAGCUCACACUUAGUUAAUGCUGCACACUGGA